UAUACCUAACUACAAAUUAAUGUUAUAACUAGGUAGUAUUCUGUGUUGAAACACCCUUGUCCCCAGUGGCUUUAGGAUGUAAUUGGCUUUAGCUGGAGAUCUCACGUGUAUGACCGAGUUCCCUUGAGAAAGUUCGUAUAAAAGAUCAACCACCCUAUUCAUCAGCAUAAGUCAACUUUGGAAUAGCUGUAAAAUGAAAUAUUUUGGUCUGUGGACAGUUCUCUCUUUGCUUGCAAUAAGUGAAGGGCUUCAGCCAGAAUUACCUGUGAAGGUGUGUCAAGAUGAAUCUUCCUACGUGUCUUUGACAAGUACUCGACUGCAAGUCAGUACUGUUCUAUCCACCGUCACUCUACUGGAUGUUAUACCUACCUAUGUUAGCGUUACCAGUGCGAACUGUGAACCUUACGCUAUUACUCACACGGUAACGGUAUCUCGAUAUCAAGCGCCACACUUGGCUUACUCCACCCAUUACGUUACCCAGCUGAAAAUCAAAGAAAUGAAUCGUGCAUACACUUAUACCAGCUAUCAACCCGAAACAAUCAGCAUUACAUACUCGGCUACCGAUCUUGAAGAGCGCGUAACACAAGUUGUGAGGACAACUACUGCCAAGACUGUAUCAACAGUAUCUGUUGUGAAGACAAUAACCGCCUCCAUUACAACCACUGCAACAUACACUCAGGUCGAUAUCUUCAGCUCCAUCACAUAUUUACCAGUAUAUGUGACUACGACCAUGAGUAACGCCUGGCCAAUCCUCAAGACAGUUUACCAGACAGAGUACAUUAAAGAAGCAGUUGAUUACGUGACAACAGUUAUGGAGACAUCGACCGCAUAUCGCUGUCAUGACGGCUAUGACUAUUAA